CGACCCUCCUCACCCUCACUGAGCACACCUGGGGCUGCUUCAUCCCUCCUCAUCCUCACUGACCACACCUGGGGCUGCUUCAUCCCUCCUCACCCUCACUGAGCACACCUGGGGCUGUUAAUCCCUCCUCAUCCUCACUGACCACACCUGGGGCUGUCCUGGACACAGAUUAAGGCAGGAAUUUCACUCAAUCCCACUCUGAGUCGCACUCAACACGCCGAGCAAGCCUUGCUGCUUUUCACACCGAACCCGAAGCUGACUAAAACGAAGAAAAUGAGAAUUGAGCGGGAUCGCAGGGGCAUGAGGGGCCGGGGGUGGCAUGCUGGAAAACCCGGACCGGAUCCCGGCCGGAGUCCGGAAUGGAGUUGGUCGGUUGGAGAGAAAACCCGGACAGUAUUUCAGCCGGGGUUCGGAAUGGAGUCGCCCUGCAUGCUGGAAAAGCAGGACUGCAUUUCUCCUGCCAUGUGGAAUGGGGAAAAACCCCAACUGGAUUUUUCUGCAAUACAGAAUUGAGGAAUUCCUGGGCUGGAUUGUAGUUGGAUACAGAAUGGUGGCAACCCGGACUGUAUUUUUUCCCAAACACAGAAUGGUGGGAAACCAAUGGGGUUUGAUCCCAGUCUUUUGUACAGAGGUGUACAGCAAAAUGACGUUCCUAAACGAAGAAAGCACGUUUCUAAACCAAGAAAACCUAACUGCUCCAGCAGUGUACACUUCUCAAACAUUCAAACACUCGACCAUUGCUGGAACCGCCCCGGUGCUGUAAGAGACCGGACUGUUGGUGCUCAUGGCUUGAACUAUCGCUGUGUGCUUCUCCAGUGAUGCACGCAGGUGCCUCCUUGGUGCAGAAGGGUGUGCACACGUGAGGCUUCAGCCUGGCUUUUCAGAUAAAGGAACAGGCUGAUAAGAGGCAAAUCCUGCAGGUGGGAUAAGUCCUCGUCAUGCCUCCCUUACACAGUGACUCAGCAGUGAAAAUUCCUCUCUGAAGUUCAUUCACACCUCGGACGGAUGAGGCAGUUCAUCUUGGCUGAUGCGCCAUAACACGGUGUGGAUUUCUUCACUUCCUGAAGGCUUUUUAGAUCUCGUCCUGACCAUCAACAUUAGGAUUUAUUUUAUUUGCAAGGACACUAAGUAAUCAGGAGCCCUGCUCUUGAAGCACUUUUGGAGCUGUUUGGACAUUAGAAAUGCUGUAGCAAUUAUCAGGAGCUAGCAGCUUUUGUCUAAGGGACCCUGCAUUGUGCUGCUCAGCAAGCAGCAUGUUUGGACACUAAAACACUGCGCCUUUAAGUCUGAGCCAUCCCUUCACCUGAGCCCAUUUUCUGGGCUCAGACUUCUGACUGCUGCCUGCUUUGGAAGUGACUGAGUUCAGCAGGCAAAGCUUAAAAUAUUCUGAAGAUGUACUACUCCUCCUAAGUGAGCGCCCAGGCUCUCACAGUGGUCAUUUCCAAAGGCUGUUCCAGCUGCACGCUGCUUCACUAACUCCCACCAGGCAGAUCUAGUUCCUGUUUAACCUGCAGUGUCCUUUUGCACUUUGCUCAGGUGGUUUCAUUCUCUCGACGCAAUUUGUGGCUUAACAGUUCUCUCUCCCUUCCAUAGGGCAGUGGCCGCACAAGCCAGUAAUAGGAAGGGAACAUCACUAAAUUAAAACUAUUGCUGAGAGCCCCUACCACAGCCAAGACGCUGAGUCAUUUGUGCCCUUCUGCUCCAAAGUCCCUACAGGUAUCCACAUCCCCCGGUGACGAUUCGGGAGCGUUUUCACUGUCCCUGCAGUCUCGGACCGCUAAGGACCGAAGAGUUGUGCUGCCUCCAGCAGAGGCAGGCAGUGUGAGCAGGUUCCCCACACCAGCCCAGAGGGUUUGCGGCUGGGACCUCUCCACAAGGCCAGCUCUGAUGGGCUCCAGACAGCCCCUCUGAAAGCCCCCGUGCGCUGUCUCCUUCCCGAGGCUCAGCGAAGCCGGGGGGGCUGCGCAGAGGUACCCGGCACAGGGCUGGCAGUGCCUGCUGUCCUCACCUGUGCUGCCCGAUAACACUUCAGCCUCAUAAUGCUUCCCCCAGGAGGCACAUGCGAAGCGAUCUGUACUAAAGGACAAAGAACGGGCAGCGAAAACCCCUCGGCCGAUUUCUCCCAACCCCCUCGGUGCCGGGAGGCGGCGCAGGGCGGCUCCGAGUUUCACUUUCUGUGCCUGCUCCCGGCCGAGCGGGAAACGAAAACUGCGCGGCGGGGCGGGCGCUGGCGCUGGCGCUGGCGGCGGGGCAGCCCCGCUCCGCUCCGCCCGCUGCUCUGCCGGCUCCUGCUGCCCUGCCGCUGCUCUGCCGCUGCCCACAGCUGCCUCCCGAGUCCCGGAGCCCUCCGGUUCCCCCGAAUGAGCGGCUCCCCCGCGCCGCUGCGGUGCCAGCCCCCGGUGCCAGCCCCCGGUGCCAGAGUGAGGUGCAGCCCCCAGCUCUGCUGCUCCGGCGGGAAUUGUCCUUCUGUCCUUGAGCAGUACUGGUUGAUGGGACAAAGGAGUGGGCGUCAAGAAAGGAGCAAGAAACCAGAGGUGGCACUAAGCGAGACCAUGGAGGCAGAAAUUGAAGUGCAAAAUAAUAAAGAGGGAACCGAAGAGAUGAAGGCCAAAAACCAGAAGCUGACAUCAGUCUUUGGUGUGGCAGACUUAAAAAAUGAAGCUGUUGGGCUGUACAACCUUGGCCAGAGCUGCUGCCUGAACUCUCUGCUGCAGGUGUUCCUCAUGAACAUUCGCUUCACCAGGAUACUCCGCAGGAUCACAGUGCCACCAUCUCCUGCGCAGAGGAGGAACAACGUCCCGUACCAGAUGCUCCUGCUCCUGGAGAAGAUGCAGUGUGGCAAGUGCAAAGCUGUUGCUCCCACAGACCUGGCUUGGUGCCUUUCAGAGCACAGAGUGAAAUUGUUUGUGCAGCAUGAUGCUGCUCAGCUCUUUCUGAUUCUCUGGAACUUGUUAAAGAAGCAGAUGAAAAAGCGAGAGCUGGUUGAAGAGCUGAGUGAUUUGUACACGAUCUGCAUACAGGAGCAUCUGGCCUGUCAGAAAUGCCUUUUUGAAAUAAAGAGCAUCAGCACCAUGUUAACCCUUCCACUCCCAGUGCUGGAUGCCAAUUCUCACAGGCUGAAGACUCUGGAGGACAGUCUGCAGUACUUCUUCCAUCCAGAAGAGCUGACUGGACAAAACAUGUGUUUCUGUCAACAGUGUGGGAGGAAAACAACUUUUCUGCAGAGCAUGAAGCUGGUGCAUCUGCCACAGACUCUGACCUUGCACCUGAAGCGCUUCUGCUUCGAAAGAUCUCGCACGCACAAGCUGAGCCACCCCCUGCCAUUCCCACAGGAACUUGAUCUCAGGGAAGUCUUGACAGAAAAUCAGUGCCUAGCAGAUGACAGUGAAAAGGCUGCCUGGCAGUACGAGCUCUUUGCCGUGGUGGCUCACUCGGGCUCCACCAGCUGUGGACAUUACUGUGCCUACAUCCGCAGCCUCACCGAGUGUCAGUGGUAUUGCUUCAACGACUCCGAGGUGGGCCAGGUAUCGUGGGAUGAUGUUAAAUGCACCUAUGGACAUUCCAACCUCUGCUGGAGAGAAACAGCCUAUCUCUUGUUUUACAUGAAAAAGCACCCUCAGUAGCCUUGCCCAGGAGUAUCAGGAUGUCUCUGAGAGCUGUGCACUGUCCAUGGAGCUCAGCACCUCUGUGCCAGUGUGGACAUGGUCAAAUGUUUCACAGGAAAGACAUUCUGCACUCAGCAGCCUCGGUCUUCACGUUUAUUUAUGAAAAAAAGUGCAGCAGACAUUCAGCUAGGGAAAGGAUCUGAGAACUGUUGCAACUAGAGACUUUCUUUUGUGUGUUUUUUAUAUUUAUGUGACUCUACAUGUUCAUUUCCUCUUUCAAAGAUGGUGAAGUUUGCCCUUGUCUCUGCUGCUUUACCAUUUUCCUUAAUGCUGAUGCCUGGAUUCCAGUCCAGGGGAAGGGUUUGGCCUGAAAGGCCGUGUGAUGUUCCAGGGAGGUGUGUGCUGUGACUGGAGAGCUCUGAGAGCCACACAGAGCCAGGAAGAGCCUGAGAUUCCCUUUGUCCUUUUAGCACCACGUUAGAUGCUGGCAAGCUGGGCAGGAGACCCCAAAAAUCACCCCAGAAACAACUGGAGGGAGGAUCAGAACCUGGAGACACACACAUCAGUGGCACACACUCCAUAAAACCCCCUGAAAAUGAUCACUGCAAGGGCUGGGAUGUGUCAAGAGGUGUUUUAAAUCAGGAGCCAUUGGAGCAGUUCUGAUUUCGAGAUGAGCUUGUGUAAAUUUGUGCAGGUGAUUAUUAUCAGCAGGCUUAUCAGGCUUUUAGAUGCAUUUUCCUUCAGAGCAGCAGAGAUUCUGGUUAGUGAUUUUGCACAAUGCAGGUCAUACACGGUGAUGAGGGAGCUGAGAUGCCUUGAUGUGCUUGAACUUCUGGGAUUUUUGGUUGUGUGGCUUUUAAAACACUCGUGGCUUUAACUCUUGAUGAUCCUCUUCAACUGAAGAUCCCAGCAGUUUGAGAUCUGGAAGUUUCUUCAACCUCAUACACCCUAUGACUGUAUCUUUACAAAGGUGCUGUUUUUGUGGGACUGAGCAAUGACAAAAUGAUAUUAAAAUUAUAUAAAUUAUAUAAAACUUACAUAGAUAUACUACUAUCUAUGUAUAACCUGACCUCACUUUGGUAAUGAUGAUGGAGUUCACAAAUCAUGUCCAUUUUCUGAAGGUAAACUGAGAAAUCUUAGAGCAUAGCUAUGAAAUUACUCUUUCCUGGUAUUUUGUAUUAUGUAUUCUGUGGUAAAAAAAUCCCAGUGUAUUAUUUGCCAUCAGGAUGAGGAAUUUUCAGCCUGUUCACCUUCAGGAAUGCAUUGCACCCUUUCUAAAGCAUCUUGAAAUGGGUGAGUAAGAAAAUCAAGUUUGUUUGCUUUUUUAACACUUUGCCUCUGUGAAGGGGCUGAAAAAAGCUGCACUUUCAGGAACUGAGAAGUUAAUGGGAUAAGAGACUGACAUUUCUAAUGAGCUAUAACUUGAAAUUUAAAAGCUUAUGCUAAUGAAAAAUACCCUAAAUACAUCAUAACCUUCCAGGGAUGUCACUCAUCAAGGAAACAACUGUAGAAAUAGAUUUAAGAAUCUUUUUAGUCAGUGAAAAAAAAAAAGAAUUUCAAUGUAAAGUAAUCAGUGUUUUUUUGAAUAAAAUAUUAUGGGAUA